GCUCUCCAUCACCAAAAAAUGUUAGCCAGAUUUGCAACAAGGGCAGUAAGAGUAGCAGUGCCACAAGUCACCAGGAGUGUUCGUAUUGGUAGUAGCAUCGCUCUAACUAGAAGAUGGUAUACUGAUAAACCAAGCACACCACAUGCUACCCCCACCACUACUACACAGCAGACCAGAGGCAACACCGAGACAGCCGCAGAGCAAGAGCCAAAGGGGGAAUAUCUCAUUCAAUUUACAUGCAACCCCUGCUCUACCAGAUCAACACAUACAUUCUCCAAAUUAGCCUAUCACCACGGAACAGUCCUCAUUCAAUGUCCAAGCUGCAAGAACCGCCAUCUUAUAGCGGACAACUUGGGGUUUGCCCGUGAUGGUCGCAUCAACAUUGAACAAUUGCUUGCUGCCCAAGGUGAGAGUGUUGGUAAGGAAAAGGGAGAUCUCGUAUUUGAAGAUGUUCCUGAGUCUAUGAGAGACAAACUUAACAAUGUUGUUACUGGUAUUAAAGUAAAAGAACCAGAGGUAUAGCCAGAGUUAAAACUAACCAACAGUGUUGCCAAAAAAAAAAAGACAUUGUGUUGCCAAAUGUGCUGCCAAAAGUUUGUAUAGAAGUCCAUAGAAAUUUUUGUAUGCCAACAAAAAAAAAUUAUGUAUAUAAAAAUUUUCAUAUACUAGCACUUGG